AUGGCUCGGGAACUGGCCCGUUACAAGGUGGGCAUUGCUGCACUCAGUGAGACCCGGCUCUCCGAGCAAGGCCAACUGAAGGAGGUGCGUGUCGGCUACACCUUCUUUUGGGACGUUCAUCUCCGGGAGGAGCGACGGGGCGCGGGCGUUGCCUCUGCCGUCCUGAACGACAUCGUGGGACGACUGCCCUGUCUGUUGCAGGGCACCAACGAUCGGCUGAUGAGCCUCAGCCUGCCUCUGCGAGGUGGCAAAUUCACCACCAUCAUCAGCGUCUAUGCCCGCUCCCCUCCGAUGACUAGCCCUGACGAGACGAGGAACACAUUCUACGAGGAUCUGCACGCCCUCCUGGUGACUGUGCCGAAAACGGAUAAGUUGAUUGUCCUUGGUGACUUCAACGUCCGCGUCGGCACAGGCCAUGCUGCCUGGAGGGGGGUGCUGAGUCCCAAUGGUCUUGACGGCACCAAUGACAAUGGCUUGCUCCUCCUACGAACCUACACAAAACACAGACUCAUUCUGACCAGCACCCACUUCCGACUACUGAUACAAGAGAAGGCCACCUGGAUGGACCCUCGAUCGCGUCAGUGGCACCGUCCGCAGGCGAGACCGGCGGGACGUGCUGGUGACAAAGGCGAUUCCGGGUGCUGA